GCCCUUAUGAUCCAAUAAGCUGGGAGGAACCCACCGCUUCCGGUCCUUCAUACAACAUGUCAACUAACCGCUAGCUCAGUCAACAACACAAAACGUGGCAAUAGACGCCACUGAAGAUGGUCCAGUUCAGUAGAAUAUGCUUCCGGAAAUAUGGAAACUUUGUGGAUAACCUCCGCCUGUAUGUCCGUGGAGGUGGUGGCGGUAUGGGUCUACCCCGUCUUGGGGGACAGGGAGGAAACGGGGGAGAUGUUUGGGUGGUAGCUACAAAGAACAUGACCUUAAAGAGGAUCAAGGACAAGUACCCCCAGAAACGUUUUGUAGGUGGAGCAGGAGCCAACAGCAGUGUCCGAGCACUGAAGGGAGAGAGAGGGAAGGACAAGGAGAUCUUGGCACCUGUUGGUAUCACAGUCACCACUGAUGAUGGCAAAAUACUUGGUGACCUGAAUACUGAGGGUGAUCGUCUCAUGGUGGUAAAAGGAGGACACGGAGGCUCCUACCACUCUGUGUUUGAGCCCAGUAAGGGCCAGUCCAAAAACAUAAGGCUGGACCUCAAACUCAUCGCUGACCUAGGCCUUGUUGGGUUCCCAAAUGCAGGAAAGUCUUCUCUCCUGGCUGCCAUGUCUAAUGCCACACCUCAGAUUGCCAACUAUGCUUUCACAACUUUGAAGCCGGAGAUCGGCAAACUGAUGUAUAAAGAUUACAAACAGAUUUCUGUUGCUGAUCUCCCAGGCCUGAUCGAGGGAGCUCACAUAAACAAAGGCAUGGGCCACAAGUUCCUAAAACAUGUGGAGAGGACCAAGCAGCUUCUGUUUGUGGUAGAUGUUUGCGGUUUCCAACUGGCAAGUAAAACACAGUUCAGGUCGGCCUUUGAAGCUGUUCAACUUCUUACCAAGGAGUUGGAGUUGUACAAAGAGGAGCUUGUAUCGAAGCCGGCCUUACUGGUGGUGAACAAAAUGGACCUGCCUGAUGCGGAGGACAAAUUAGCAGAGCUGAAGGACCAACUCCAAAACCCAGACGAGUUCUCUGAUCUGUUGCCUGAUGACAUGAUACCGAAGAACUACAUGACAUUCAGACACGUGGUUCCUGUCUCUGCCUCCACUGGGUUUGGUGUCGACACUUUGAAAAGUUGCAUCCGGGAAUCGCUUGAUGAAGACGCAGCAAUGGCAACUAAAGCCAUCCAUCAAGACAGACUGCAGGCACUGAGGUACCACUCACACAAGCAAUUGUGAUGAACACGGACAACAUGUCACACAUUCCAGCAGGAGCUGUAGUGUACGAUGACGGAUGAGUUGUCUGUCAAAAAAGUAUAAAACUAGUUGAACUUUAAUGGCAAGUAACCAGCAUCCACUGAGAAACAUGUGACAACAGAAACUGCAGUUUCAAUGCAGAACUGUCCAUGGAAGUGAUUUGAUGGUGAUUUUCAGCACAAAUUGAUCUGUGUUUCGAAUAGUCGCUCGUUUGGUCGGCGGUUGUUAUUAAAAUCUAAGCCACAGUAAACGGGGUCCAUCGUUAUUCAGAAAUAUAUGCUUACCAAUGAAAUGUUGGUCAAGCACAAACAGCACCAGCUGUAGCGCCAGAUACAUUGAAUUACACAGAAUAUCCUUCUGCACCCUUGAGGGGAAAGGUGCCCCAGGUGUACCCACCAGUUAUAUUCAGUUUCACCUGAUUGCUCACAAAGAUUAAGAUUGUAUUUAUUUUUUAUUGGUGCGUGUUGUAGGGAUGCAUCGAUCCAACCUUUUCUCCCCGAUUCCGAUACCUCAUUUCUGGGUAUUUGGCAAUACAGAGCAUGAUCCGAUACUAGUGCUCUCUUUUGUCCCAAGUUUAAAAUCUUUGAACUCCUUUUUUAAUUUAAGAUAACGUAUCCAGGGAUUACUGUGGCACCAAAAACUGAGUCUGCCAUGACUAAAUGAAUGUUACCGGUAGUGGAAACACUUAAUUUUAUAAUACUAUCCCCUAAAUAAGAUCAGUAUUGGAUCAGUGCAUCCCAAGUGUGUUGCUAAUUUACCAUAUUGUAAUACAAAACAAUGAAUAAAAAAGUCAGUUUUCCAGUA